GAUGACUUAUCAUGCGUCACAAUUGGUCUUCUGCUAUAUUGCUUUCGCUUAUUAACAUAUUUUUUUUCUCGUCAUGGCGUCUACGUCCACAUAUUUCCGGGUUCUUCUUGUCUUACUCUCCGCUCAAUCUAUAACAGGAACUUGCGACACCUCGCCCUUGGGAAUGGAAAGUGGCGCUAUUGCAAACAAUAAAAUAACAGAUAAAGCAGGAGUGAUAGUGGGAGACCAAGCGAGGCUUGGUUACACAGUCGGUGACUCGUGGUGUAAGAGCAGCAGCGAUGACUUCCUGCAGAUCGACCUCGGUACCCCCCACAUCGUAUGUGGCGUGGCCACUCAGGGGAACCAUCCCCAGGACCAAUGGGUUAUCAGUUUCAAGUUCACGUAUUCAACAGAUGGAACAACAUAUAGCUUUUAUGAAGAUCUUGCUGGAAAUCAGGUGUUAUUUGCCAACCAAGAUCGGGAUGGAGUCGUCCAUCAGGUCUUGUACAAAGAGCUGGUCGCCCGAUAUGUGCGUAUUCAUCCGACAACAUUCCAAGGCAAAGCGUGCAUGAGAGGAGAAAUGUACGGAGUCAAGACCAUUACAGAAAAUAUCGCAUUGGGCAAGCCAACAAUACAGUCAAGUAUGGCACAUUUUGGCGUCCCAUCACGUGCUGUGGAUGGCGACCGUAACUCUGCUUGGGCUGGAGGAUCAUGUACACAUACAGAUGGUGAAGCCGCGCCCUGGUGGCAAGUGGACCUCGGAACAACCAAGUCCAUCGCUGAAGUACUCAUAGUCGCCAGGGGUGACUGGGGAGCUGAACGCCUUUGGAGCAACACUUUCGAGCUUCUUAUCGGUGAUCAGUCAAAUGGGUUGAAUCCAAAGUGUGGCGACAGGCAUGCAGUCUUACCUUAUGACAUGAUAUCCAUCGAGUGUAACCCGAGGAUGAGCGGGAGAUAUAUCAGGAUCGUGUUAAUAACGGCAUUUGACGCACUGACACUUUGCGAGGUGGAGGUUUAUACUGAUAACUCAAUGUGCGGAGGACAGGCCAUUGGCAUAUCUGACAGUCACGUGAUCUCCGACGCUAAGCUGACCGCGAGCUCCAGUCAGUCGGGAUUUCCCGCGAGUAGUGGUAGACUACUGGGUGCGAGCGCGUGGAAGCCUGUGUCUUUGAGUACUGACGGAAACCCUUGGAUUAUGAUGAACCUCGGCGCGAAGUAUCACGUGUGUGCUGUGGGGACUCAAGGGAGUCCAGUUGAUGGCGACAGAAGCACAGUGUACAUGAUAGAUUACUCACUGGACGGGAGGAGUUGGACAAUCGAAAACAGUGACAAUACAGGCAACAGGGAUCAAAACACCAUUAUAAAGAACCCCCAGUCAAUGUCUGCGAUGUUUAUUCGAGUUAGGCCUCGAUGGCGGUCAGGUCACCCAUUGUUCGCCCUAAGGAUGGAGGUGUAUGGCGUCAGAGUAGCAUGUACAGCACCAUUUGGAUUAGAAAACAACACGAUUCCCGAUGGUCAGAUAUCCUCCAAUUCAUCCGAGGCCAGCCACCCUGCCAGUCAAGGGCGCUUGUACGGAGCCUCGUCCUGGUGCGGCGUGACGUCAUCAUCCGGGUACCUGCAAGUGGACUUGGGUACGAGGAAGACGGUCACGGGGAUAGCGACACAGGGUGACCACACUAGAGAUAACUGGGUGACGAAAUACAAGGUCCUUCACAGCCAUGAUAACAAGCUAUGGAUGGAGACUCAAUCUGCGGAGUUUGAUGGUAAUAGUGACCGAGAUAAUGUGAAGGUGAACUGGUUUACAAGACCUGUUGGCGCACGUUACAUUCGCGUCCUUUCGACUGCCAGCAACGGAGCUACCUGUAUGCGGAUGGAGCUAUAUGGAUGCAACAGAUACAUCGCAGUUAAAGUUGCACCAAUGAGUGACGUCGUCCUACCUGCGUCAUCCAGUGGUCACGUGGAUUUACAAUGCCUAGCACGUGGAUAUGGCAUGGAAAUCACGUUCCGAUGGACGUUGACUGAAUCUGACGUUACUCAUCGCUCCGGUGGUGCCAGAAGAAACAACACUCACGCCAUGUCUUCAUUUCGAUACAACUUCACAAGCGCAGAAGCUGUAUUUGACGCAUCUAACUGCACUCUCCCAUCUUCUGGUAGAGAAGUGUCUUGUAAAAGUCGAUUUCCGUACAGAUGCAUUGCCUGGUAUCCCACGCUUCCUGGGGGUGUUGUUGACUAUAAAGAGGCCUUUGUCACUACCACCUUAAAGUUGCCUGGGAAACCAUUUGCAGUCAAAUCAACCGAGGUCAGAUCUCGUUCAAUAUCUUUAACAUGGAGUUCCCCUGUGAAGGAAGAUGGUGAGCUGAUGACGACAUCGUACAAGAUAGAGCUGGUCGCUAACGGAACGAUAUACACAAGUUCUAGCAAUCAGUUGGCAGUGAGGGGUCUCAAGCCAUACACGGGCUACAGGUUCAGAGUAAAAGCCGUCAGUUCAAGAGCAGAAGGACCAUGGAGCGAGGAUGCGCAUAUUGUUACGGAGCAGGAAGCUCCAAGCUCAUCCCCAGAAGGCCUAACGGUCAGCCAGAGCGAUGGAAAAACACACACUAUUACCUGGAGUCCAAUCCCACCCAACCAAAGUAAUGGCAUCAUCGUAGUCUAUGAAAUCACAUGGGUUAAAGUAGCCAAUAGAACGCGAAGUCGUCGUUCCCUUGAUGCUGUGUCAUCAGCAAACACGUCAUCUACGUCAUACAUCCUGAUGGACCUGCUGCCGUGCUCAGUUUACAACAUCAGCGUCCGUAGCUACACUAUAGCGGGCCCUGGACCCUUCACACGGCCGUUGAGUCUAAAUACACCCGGUAAGGGAAUUUGAAAAUCAUCAAAUAAAAAAUUUUUU